CAAUUACCCAAAACAAUCUCCUAAACUUCUAUAUCUAUUCCAUACACUCCUCAGUCCUUAUAGUCACAUGCACAUACCUUCUUCCUUUUAACUUCUCUUAAAACAAAAUCUAUAUCAAACACCUUUCCUUUCUCUUAAUCAUCCACCACUUUUUCCUUUCCUCUUCAUUCAUACAUUUUCACAAACACCACAAACUCAAAAAAAACCAUGACAGAUAGAGUCCACCCUUCGGCCAAGUCCACCGCCAACGGCGGCGCAGCCGCCGCCGCCGCCAACCCAUCAUUCCCUGCCACAAAAGCUCAGCUCUACGGCGCCACCCGCCCCACCUACCGUCCUCAACCCAACCACCGCCGUAGCCAGCGAGGAUGCUGUUGCACCCUCUGCUUCUGGCUCACCCUGAUCUUCCUCUUCCUCCUCCUCCUCCUCGGCGUCGCCGUCACCGCCGUCUACUUCCUCUACCACCCCCACCGUCCUUCCUUCUCCGUCACAUCCCUCAAACUCUCCUACCUCAACCUGACCUCCUCCUCCACCCUCAACUCCAAGUUCGACCUCACCCUUUCCGCAACAAACCCCAACAAUAAAAUCGUCUUCUCUUACCUAACCACCUCCGUCUCCAUCCUCUCCGGCGACGUCAACGUCGGCGACGGCGCCAUACCCUCGUUCGAGCACGCGGAGAAGAACACGACGGUGCUGAAAGCUUCGGUUGAGAACAGCAUGCAGGCACCGGAGAACGAUGCUCUGACGCAACUGAAGGCGAGUUUGAAAAGCAAGAAUGAGUUAACGUUGAAGGUGAAUUUGGAAACGAAGGUGGAGGCCAAGAUGGGUCCGUUGAAGACGCCUCCUGUUGGAAUCAGAGUUUUGUGUGAUGGCAUCGCCGUCACUCUUCCCGCCGGCAAGAAACCGGCGACGGCGUCGACAACGAACUCCGAGUGCCAGGUUGAUAUGAGGUUCAAGGUUUGGAAAUGGACCGUUGGAUGAUCAUAGGGAGGGUGAAACAAAAAUU